GUACCAUUCCGAUCCAUGCCAUCGAUGUUAAACUCUAGGAGAGCGUCCCAGUCCUUGUCGUUCAUCAUUGUCGGUGGCAGCAUCUCAGGCCUGGCAUGCGCGUACACCCUGUCAAGAGCUGGCCAUCAAGUCACCGUCCUGGAAAAGGGCGACGGCAAGAAUGAAUGCGGGGUACGGUCCCCCCCAAACAUGACUCGGAUAUUGCAAGACUGGGGCUUGCAAGGCACCAUCGAAGAGGUCGGCGUGAAAGCCAGCGCUACUGUCUUCCGGGCAGCUGCCACCUCGGAAAAGGUUGGCAUACUCCAGUACCAUCCACAAAUUAUGGAAGCUCUCAGAGCCGACCUUUGGUAUCUCCCAUACGGAUUCCUUUGGUCGGAACUGUACAAGCUGGCUGUCAAGGCAGGCGCUGACGUGCGGUUCAAUGCGAAAGUUGCGGGCGUCGAUCCAGAAGAAGUCGUAGUCACCACGGAUCGCGGAGAACAAUUCCGAGGGGAUCUUAUUAUCGGGGCGGACGGAUCGGACAGUGUUAUUCGGCGUGUGGUUGUAGAGGAUGAGCUCAGUGGGACACCUGAUCCGCUGGUGACUUUUAGCACUUUCAUUCCCACGGAGCUGAUGAAGAAAGAUACAGAACUUCAAUAUCUUGUUAAUGGCGAACCAGACUGGAAUAUUUGGCUAGCGGAUGGUUGCUGUCUGCAUGGGCACUUGACACGCUCAAGAGAAUACUAUACCAUGGUGGCCGUCGUCCCCGCCGAUCCGAAAGGGUUCCAGCCUAACUGGGAUGAGCGAUACUCCCCCGAAGACCUGAAUUUAGACCUAAGCAAAUUCCACCCUAGUCUCCGGCGCCUGUGGAACCUCGCGCGCACCGUUAUACCCACCAAAUAUGUAGUACACGAGCCUUUCUCAAACAUCGUACACGAGGAUAGUAAAGUCCUGCUCGUUGGGGACGCUGCCCAAACGACACCACCCCAAUUCCAUCACAGUUAUUCCAUGGGUAUAGAAGCCGCCGCCACCCUAGGCAACCUAUUUUCUCGCCUCAGAAACCGAGAUCAAGCCGACACCCUCGUCACAGCAUAUGAGGAGAUCCGACAGCCUCGCAUCACACAUACGUUCCGAUCGGAGGACGGACGGUAUCGCUUCAUCACCUUCCCUGACGGCCCUGAGCAGCAGGUACGAGACGCAGGAUUGCAGGUGGCGCUUCAGAACUCGCAGCUGGACUGGGACGACGCGGACGAAGAGUACCUACGAGCAGUGUGGGAUGAUUACAUUGCCAUGUUUAAUUACGACGCUAGUGAAGCCGUUGACGACUGGUGGACCAUGUGGGGCUCUCUCAUGUGAUGCUACUCUCACGUAUUAUGUAUCCCUGCUCGUUAGUCUGUACAUUUAUCGUUGCACCUACGUCUAAUUCCAUGAACUUGCCA